AUGGAGUUUAGAAAUUCAACAUUGGGCAGUGGCUUCAUCUUGGUGGGGAUUCUGGAUGACAGUGGCUCUCCUGACCUGCUCUGUGCCACAAUCAUAGCCCUGUACCUGUUGGCUAUAACCAGCAAUGGAGUGCUACUCCUGGUCAUCACUAUGGAUGCCCGGCUUCACGUGCCCAUGUAUCUCCUGCUUGGACAGCUGUCUUUCAUGGACCUACUCCUGACAUCAGUUAUUACUCCCAAGGCUGUCAUGGAUUUUCUGCUCAAAGACAACACCAUCUCCUUUGAAGGUUGUGCCUUUCAGAUGUUUCUAGAACUGGCACUGGGUAGUGCAGAGGAUCUCCUUCUGGCCUUUAUGGCUUAUGACAGGUAUGUGGCCAUUUGUCAUCCUCUAAAUUACAUGAUCUUCAUGAGGCCAAGUGUCUGCUGGUUCAUAGUAGGUACUACAUGGUUCCUGGCAUCUGUGAUAGCCCUAGGACUUACCAUCUACACUAUGCAGUAUCCCUUCUGUAAAUCUAGACAGAUCAGACACUUGUUCUGCGAGAUCCCUCCAUUGCUGAAGCUGGCCUGUGCAGACACAUCCACAUAUGAGCUGAUGGUUUAUUUAGCAGGUGUUUCUAUGCUGAUUCUUCCUCUUGCAGUUAUUCUGGCCUCCUAUAUACGAAUUCUGUUUACAGUACUCCGCAUGCCCUCAAAUGAGGGCAGGAAGAAAGCCCUUGUCACCUGUUCUUCUCAUCUGAUUGUGGUUGGGAUGUGGUAUGGUGGUUCUUCACUCAUGUAUGUCCUUCCCAGUCAAUUCCACAGCCCCAAACAAGACAAUAUUCUCUCUAUUUUCUAUACUGUUGUCACUCCAGCUCUGAAUCCUCUCAUCUACAGCCUGAGAAAUAAGGAAGUCACUGGGGCUUUAAGGAGAAUUUUUGGAAGAAGAUUGCAGCCAGCAAAAUCCACUUUCUAG